ACAAGUCACAAAAUCAUAACAAUUCGAAAAUCUGGGUUUAAGUUGAAAAGUUAUCUAAUUUGUAAAUGUAAAUCAGUAAAUUUUAAAUUGGGUAAUUUUAUAUCUGCUGCUGAUAACUGAUAACGGAGUUUUUCAUUGGAGUUUUGUUUAACCAGUGGAGGCGAUGGUCGGUGGACUGCUCAGUCUUCUGAUUUGACAAGAGUACAUAUGUACUUUUUCAUCGAGCAAUCACUGUACCAGUACUGCAUUAUCCACUAACAGCGGUAACGCGCAGACGUGCUACAGGAAACCGCAUUCCGCUGCCACUGCCAGUACAAUGUCUGCCUACAAAAAGCGCAUGCUGACAGAUUAUACCAGCACCGUGACCCACACGGAUGUGGAACUCUCCGGGAGCGAAGAGAAUGCAUCAUCGAGUCGCGGGCGGAGACACAUUGAUGAAGAAGACUCACUGCGCAGUCCGAAGCGUCUCCGCUUGAAUCCACGAUCUUUGGUUCUGCCUGAUAUCGAACGGAUUACCGACUUGCAGAAAGCGCAGGCAGCCCUGGACGAUCUCAGCACACAGAUACAUACCAUAUCGGAGAAUGGAGUAAGUGUCAGCGUGGAUGAGAUCGUCGCCGUGUGUGAAAAACUCUGCGAUCUGUUUCACAUUUUUCACAGUCUGCACUCCGUAAUUUUACGGCGUAUGGGCGAAUUGCUGAAGUUAUCUCUUGGGACAUCAUGCUUCCCUGUUUUGCGCCCAUUUAUUAUUAAAGUUCUCAACUCUACGUCAUGGGACACGCGUAUACGGGUGCAGCUCGCUCGGAUCUUGCUGGAAGCAGGCGUCAAGCAUCGCCAGAACAGCGCAUUUUGCUGGCACAUUGUGACUAUUGUGGACAAGUUCUUAUGGCGGAAUUUUUCGUUAACAGCACCGCUAUCAAGUGAUGCGCACGGCGAAGACGAUAUAACAGAUGGGAAUAUUCAGGGCGACGACGAGAUGAUGCAGCGUGAUAGUGGUUGGUCUGUGCUGCUCGCUUCGUGUUUAGAUGUGAUUGGGGAAGUUCUGCCUUACCGCGAUACAUCGCGACAGUAUGUGCUCAGUUUGUGGAACCGUUUUGCUCAGGAUGGCUGUAAUGAAGUGCGCGCAGCGGCCUACCGAAUGCUGGACGCGUUGACGGAGCGUGGAUUUCGUAUGCGCUUUAGUCUAACGACCUAUCGGAGAUUGUGCAAUGAUCUGGAGGAUAUUGACUCCUCGGUUCGUUCGUCCGUUAUGAACCUUAUUUUUCGCCUGAGCGACGACUAUCCUAGCCAGCAAGUGGCGAACGCGCAGGCUGUGCACAGUAGCGAAACAACCGAAACAAUUAAUUUAGUUGAUGAUGUCUUCUGCAAAAUAUGUGAUCGUGUCAAUGAUUGGGAAAUUAAUAUUCGCGCUCAAGCUGCGAGUAUUUUGGGUCGCAUGAAUGGCGUGACCCUUGACUACAUCCUGCAGACAGUGGAUAAGAAGCUGAUGUCGGACUUGCGAGUGAAGGUUGCAGGACACGAGCGCCAGAAGCGUUUGUUCGAGAGUGGUGAAUGGUCUAGCGGUCGUAAAUGGGCUGACGAUGCCCCUAAAGAACGUCUACAACAGGAUGACGUUUCGCUGAUGUCCAUCGGUGCCACGGGAGCCUUUGUUUUAGCACUGGAAGACCAGUUUCAAGAAGUACGGGAACAGGCUGUCAUCUCCAUGGCUUUGCUAGCAGAGAAGCAUCCGACCUUUGGUUCUACCAGCGCGGAAUUCCUCGUCGAUAUGUUCAAUGAUGAAAUUCAUGAUGUGCGGCUAAAAGCCCUGCAGAUGUUCCCCAGACUAGGGGGCGGUGUCGAGCUGCGAGAAGAUCAGCUAGAAAUGGUUUUGACCGUUUUGCAAGACGCAACGUUGGACAUUCGUCAAGGUCUUCGGUCCAUUUUGCCGACUUUAAAAUAUUCAUCCGCCAAACUAAUUAGAAUGGUGCACACAGAGCUUCUUAAUAACCUAAAACAGUAUCCUUCGGAUCAUGGACAGAUAUGCCAGUGUUUAGCGAAGAUCGGUGCUAGCAACGGCGCUUUAAUAGCCGAAGAAGCCACCGUGUAUUUGAAUAUCCAUCCAUAUUUGCAUUCAUCGGAAACUAAAUCGGACGACAAAAUCUACAUCGGCACAAUGGCACUGCUGUGUAAUGCAGCUAGUUCUACACCGGAAAUUGUAAAAGUUUUUUUGGAUUUCCAUUUACGCCAUUAUCUUCUUUAUCGCUAUAAAUACCCCGAAUGGUUCCCAUAUCUUGACACUGCUGGAAAUGCACGACUAAAAUCAAGAAAAGGCAGUUUGCAGAAAUAUCCUUCUGCUGAUGGCAAUAUUGCGUCGUUUCUUGCCAUCCUUGAGCGUCGGUUCGUUGAAGCAAAAGGCUAUCGCAACAUCGCAGAUAUCUUGGACGUAGGUCGUAAGGAAAUCCAAAAUAUGGUACAGUGGAAUGUCUCACAGGAGGCGGCUGGCGCAUGGUUGGAUCUGCAGUUCCGGUUUGCUAGCCGAUACGUGGAAGCAUUGGAAAACUCUGAAAAUGAUAUGCUUAGAGAGAACGAUGUGAACGAAGCAGGUGUAAGCAAAAGCAUCGUGGAUGAAAUGAGAACGCUUUUUACUGGUAUGACUGACCGCGAUCGCUUGUUGACGGCUACCCUCAUACUUCAGGACAAAUUACUUCAGGCUUUACAAAGUGGAGAACGGUCUGGCGAUUUGGUGGAAGUGGGACCUGAAAUUUUGAUUGACAUCACCGAUUUGGAGGGCAUGUCUGGUAAAUAUGGAGAAAAAUUACCUCGAUGGAUAUCCGGUAUCGGAGACGAUCUGAAAACAAUGUACGCUACAAAGCUCCCGUAUUCAAAGCUUCUAUCCUGGUUGCGGAGUUGUAUCCCCGUUCCUCGCCUUCCUGGCAGUGAAAUACAAAGGGUUAGCGUGAAUAUUGUGUCACCAAUAGAGAACGAAUAUGUGGUGAAUGUAGUUGCUGGGACAAUUCACAAAAUUCCUUUGGAAGCUGUCGUAGAAGGAUGUUUGGACUUGGCGGGAAUUGUCAUCUGUAUUUUGCUACCGGACGGUCGCCGAUUGGUUGUUUAUCCUACCGCUAAAGACACAACGACGGAGAGUGACGCGGAUGGACGUCUGAAGUUCUUUAUUAAAAAAGAUCUUGCUGUCAGUCAGAGCGUAUGGAGUGCCGCGGCUGCAAUUAUUGUCCAAUUGGCGAAGACCGUGGUCGGUAAAACUUUGUCGCUAUUAGGAAAUGGCAACUACCAGCUGCUUCAAGAAGAAGAUACGAAGAAAUUACUCUACCUUGGCAAAGCAGUGACGUAUAAAGUUAUGCCACAAAGUAUUCGAACACAUCUAUAAUGCAGCAAGGGAUGAAGCCAAUUUAAAGCGGAGAUUUGAUUUUAUUUUGGGUGAUCCGCAGUUUGGAUUAUGUAAUUGCGGUAUUAUGGCCCUUAGAUUGGGUUUUGUUUUCUUUAUCAACGUACGUCAUGCGUAUCGUUGGUAAGUUACCGAUAAAAAUUGUGUAAAAAUCGCGCUUGCAUGCAAACGCUUGGCAGAUACAUAACACAACACAAGAACGCCAAUUUCGCACAUC